AUGACCCACCAGUUUCUGACGCUCACCACAGAGCAGAAGAAGGAGCUGCAUGAGAUUGCUCUUCGCAUCGUGACUCCUGGGAAAGGCAUCCUAGCAGCUGAUGAGUCCGUAGGCAGCAUGGGAAAGAGGUUAAAACAGAUAGGAGUUGAGAACACAGAGGAGAAUCGGCGCCAGUUCCGCCAAGUCCUCUUCACAGCCGACGACCGUAUUGACAACUGCAUCGGGGGAGUCAUUUUUUUCCAUGAAACCCUCUACCAGCACACAGAUGAGGGUGUUCCUUUUGUUAAACUGAUCAAAGACAAAGGAAUUACUAUUGGUAUCAAGGUGGACAAGGGAGUCGUGCCUCUUCCAGGAACUAAUGGCGAGAGCACAACACAAGGGUUGGAUGGUCUAUUGGAGCGUUGCGCUCAGUACAAGAAGGACGGAGCAGAUUUCGCCAAAUGGCGUUGUGUAAUGAAGAUCAGUGACACCACCCCGUCUGAACUGUGCACUACAGAAAACGCAAAUGUCCUUGCCCGCUAUGCUAGCAUCUGUCAACAGCAUGGGAUUGUACCUAUAGUGGAACCUGAGAUCCUGCCUGAUGGAGAUCAUGAUCUCAAACGCUGCCAGUUUGUUACAGAAAGGGUGCUGGCGGCAGUGUACAAGGCCAUGUUUGAGCAUCAUGUUUACCUGGAGGGUACCCUGCUCAAGCCAAACAUGGUGACGCCAGGGCACGGCUGCCCCAUCAAGUACAGUGUCGAGGAGGUUGCCAUGGCCACCGUCACUGCCCUGCGUCGCACUGUGCCUCCUGCUGUCACAGGAGUGACGUUUCUCUCCGGAGGUCAGAGUGAAGAGGAAGCUUCUGUCAACUUAAAUGCCAUCAACAACUGCCUGCUGGUGAAGCCCUGGGCGCUGACCUUCUCUUUUGGUCGAGCCCUGCAGGCCUCGGCGCUAAAAGCCUGGCGCGGUCAGAAAGAAAACCAGACCGCUGCCACAGAGGAGUUCAUCAAACGUGCUGAGAUUAACAGCUUGGCAGCCCAGGGGAAGUACACUGGUGGUGGGGACAGCAGUGGAGCCACUGGUCUUUCUCAUUAUCUUUCUAACUACGCAUAUUAAACUGCUAACUUCAACGUA